GGAACAACCAGUCACUUAGGAAGCUGAAGGAGAAUCUAGCGUUAACUCUGCGAUGGAAACGAGAACAAUGUUGUCCCUAAUUCUGCUGGGUUUAACUCUCUCCACUAUGCCUCAAACCUCACUUUCAUUAGCAGCAUUGUUGGAUCCCUGCUCAGCGUACAUCAGCUUGAACGAACCUUGGAGAAACACAGAACAUCACAUCAACGUCUCACACGGCACGCCCAUGUGCGACAACCACAUGGACGGGGAAUGGUACCGCUUCACCGGCAUGGCGGGCGACGCCAUGCCCAACUUCUGCAUCCAGGAGAACCUCUGCGGCACUCACGCUCCCAUCUGGCUGAACGGCACCCACCCUACCCAGUCCGAUGGCAUUGUGUCGGUGCAGGCUUGUGCCAGCUUCAAUGAUAACUGCUGCCUGUGGAGCACCACCGUGGACGUGAAGGCUUGCCCAGGAGGAUACUACGUCUACCGGCUGCCAAAGCCCACUGUCUGUUUCCACGUGUACUGUGGACAUUUCUAUGAUAUAUGUGAUCAUGUGGAUUGUGGAGCACACUGUGUAGGCGAGAGGGAAUGUCAGUGCACCCCAGGCACUAUCCUCGGACCAGACGGCCAGACUUGCCUAGAUAUCAAUGAAUGUGCAGUCAAUAAUGGAGGUUGCAGUGAAGAUUGCAUCAACCUGCAAGGCUCCUUCCGUUGUGAGUGUGGGAUUGGAAGAGCACUGAGCAACAACGGAGCGGCCUGUCAAGACAUUGUUGGCUGCCACAGCAAUAAUGGAGGCUGCAGCCACAACUGUGUGCCGACAGAGGAAGCGUAUCGCUGUGAGUGUCCCCGUGGACUUAUAUUAUCAGAAGAUAAUCACACCUGCCAAGUGCCUGUACAGUGCAAGUCAGAGUCGAUCGAAGUGGCUGUACCCAAGGAUCUGGUUGGUGGUUUGGAACUGUACCUCUUGAAUGCAUCGUGCAAAGCACUUUCCAACGGGACUCACUUCAACAUUAACUUCAAUCUCAAAAGCUGUGGCACAGCUGUUGAGGUUGCAGAUGAUAACAUAAUUGCUAGAAACACACUGACUGGUAUUCCCAAGCAGACACCGGGCAGUAAUGGAGAUAUCAUCAUCAGGACCAGUAAGCUAGUGAUUCCCAUCACCUGUGAGUUCCCCCGCCAAUACAUGGUGUCUGAAGGAUAUGUCCCCAACCCUGCAAACUCCCUGCUGCAGAUCGUGGGUCGAAAUCAUGGGCUCUUCCCCUUCGCUCUGGAGAUCUUUAAAUCCAAGGACUUUGAUGAGAUCUAUAAAGACACCCCACCAGUUCUCAAACUCCGAGACUCCCUGUACUUUGGGAUUGAACCUCUCAUGCACGUGGAUGGCCUUGAAGCUCUGGUGGAGAACUGCUUUGCUACUCCCUCUCCCAACAGUGAUGAUAUUAUGAGGUACUACCUCAUAAAGGAUGGCUGCAUCAAUGAUGAUACUGUCAAGCAAGAGACAGCCAAAGACCAUCUUGCAAAACAUUUCUACGUCCCUGUCUUUAAGUUUGUGGGAAGAGAUAAUAAGAAAGUGUACCUGCACUGCCGGGUUCUGGUGUGCGGGGUGCAGGAUGCCAAGUCACGGUGCUCCCAGGGCUGCCGCAAGCGGAUGCGUAGAUCUAUAGGGAUGGACGAUUCCGGUCACCUGAGCGAUCAUCUCCUCAGUGGAGGUCCAAUAGUGAUUGACGCAGAGUAACGAAGCUUACAGUAUCCAGAAUGUUCCACCGAACAGCUUUAAAUUUGUGCAUUAACACACAAGUAGCAAAAACAUAUCAUUGCUUUCGCUCGUUAACUAUAUCUAGUUUGAUUUCUGAUUAACAAACUAAAAUAAUAUAGUGAUAGAAGACUAACUGAGUGGCUUGCAUGAUAACGUAAUCCAUUUGGAAUACAAUAUCUUAAUGAUAGACCUCCAUAAUUAUUGUAUUUUAAUAAAGAUGCUCAUUACUUUAAUCUGUUUGUCUCACGUGAUCUAUUUGGAACGAAAUUUGUUGUUGCAGUACUGUCGAAAGUUAGACUCUCAUCACCCUGCUGCAGAAAGUUUUGACUGGCCACUCUUUCCAAACUGUUUCCUUUAAACCAGUUUUCUUUCCUGUCCCCUUACAGUCGUCACCCAGAAACAAGGCUUAUUGAUUAAUUUGUACCUAGAAGAUCCCCUGUAAUGGCUUCCGUUCCUUCCCCUGCACCACUGGAUCUUGGAGGAAUGUAGGGAGAUGAUGGAUGGUGCCUUCUUGGGGAAGUGUCACCUGUAGGUACUACUGGUGGCGGGCAAGGAUGUUCCUGUGAUAUAUUGAGCUGAGCCCACUACUCUGCAACUUCUUGCAUUCCUGCACAUUCAAAUUGCUGUACCAGACAAUGAUGCAACCAGUCAGGAUACUAAUAACAGUAGAUCUGUAGAAUUUUGUUAAGAGUGUUCAAUAAGCCCCAGAAUCUAUGGGGGAAUUGGUGGGAAUGUGGGAAAAACAAAAUGGGAUGAGUAUUAGUGUGAAUGGGUGCUUGAUGGUCAGUAAGGAUUUAAUUUGCCAAUUUCUGUGCUGUUCAAAUCCUUGACUCUAUACCAUCACCUCUGUCCCCCUCUUAUAACACAUUUCCAUGCAACCGUUCAGCAACGAGAUCCGAAUGGACAGCAUGAUAGUGUGGCAGUUAGUGCAUCGCUUUACAGUGCCAGCGAUCGCCACUUGCAGUUCAAUUCCUGCCACUGCCUGUAAGGAGUUUGUACGUGACUGAGUGAGUUUCCUUCAGGUGACUUUUCAAACAAGGGCCUCUUAUAUAGCUUAGAGUUAGGAUAUUAAUCCCUAUUACCUCCACAUUUAAAAUAACUACUUCCCCUCCAUAACACCAUCAUUUUUUCUUUUACAUGUAAUAAUUAACAUCACCCUGCUCCAAUCCUUUCACCAAGGUCAACACUCACCCUAUAGUAUUGAACACAGGAAUGGUUUCAUAUAUCUAUUAACCAAUGAUUCAUUGGUGGACAGGACUCGGCCACGUUAGUUUGGAGGAUAUUUUUAUUUGUGUAUCACACCGUGAUUUUUUGGUUCUGGUCUUGUGAUUUAUGCACGGCAUAAUUGUGCUAGAACAAUGACACAUGGUCAAUGGGAUCGACAGGCACAGAUACACUUACACAAACACAGGUAGUCAAUGGGCAGUUUGGUAUGUGUCAUAGCACGCCAGCUCUAAGAUCAGGGUUCAAUUCCUGCCACUGUGGGGGUUUGUAUGUUCUCCUUAUGACUGCAUGGAUUUCCUCUGGGUGCUCUGGUUUCCUCCCACAUUCCAAAGACAUAUGUGUUAGGGUUAGUGAGCUGUGCCAGUUAGAAUGGUUGUGACCAAUGUAUGGUGACCUUUGGGCUUCCAGCACAAUUUUCACUGAUUUGAUUUGAUGCAAUCGAUGCAUUUCAUUGCAGGCGUGAAAAAUAAAGCAAAUCUUUAUAGAUCAGCAGUCACAAAUACAAUUGCACAGUUACAAAGCAACACACACAAAAUGCUGGAGGAACUCAAUGUGCCAGGCAGUAUCGAUGGAAAAAAGUGAACAGUCGAUGUGUCAGGCCGAAACUCUUCAUCAGGACUGGAAAGGAAGGAGGAAGGGGUCAGAGGGAGAAGGUGGGGGAGGGGAGGAGGAAGUACAAGGUUGCAGGUGAUAGGUGAAACUGGAAGAGGGGCAGGGUGAGGUAAAGAGCUUGGAAGUUGAUUGUUGAAUGAGAUAAAGGGCUGGAGGAGGGGGAGUCUGAUAGGAGAUGAUAGAAGACCAUGAAAGUAAGGGAAGUGGGAGGAGCACCAGAGGGAGGUGAUGGGCAGGUAAGGUGAGAGAGGGGAAUGGAAAUGCGGAAUGGUGAAGGACAGAGGGGUGGGGGGGGAGGUAAUUACCGGAAGCUCGAGAAAUCAAUGUUCAUGCCAUCAGGUUGGAGGCUACCAGGAUGGAAUAUAAGGUUUCGGCCCAAAACGUUGACUGUACUUUUUUCCAUAGAUGCUGCCUGGCCUGUUGAGUUCCUCCAGCAUUUUGUGUGUGUUGCUCAGAUUUCCAGCAUCUGCGGAUUUUCUUUUGUUUGUGUUUGGAAUAUAAGGUGUUGCCCUUUCAACCUGAGUGGGCCUUACCGCGACAGUAGAAGAGGCCAUAGACUGAUAUGUCAGAAUGGUAAUGGGAAGUAGAAUUGAAAUGGGUGGUCACUGGGAGAUCCCGUUUUUUUUUUGUGGUGGACAGAGAGAAGGUGCUAGAUGAAGCAAUCUCCCAAUCUACGUCAGGUCUCACUGAAAUACAGGAGGCCAGACCGGGAACACCGGAUAGAGUAGAUGACCCCAACGGACUCACAAUGAAGUGUCGCUCACGUGGAAGGAUUGUUUGGAGCUCUGAAUGGUAGUGAGGGAGGAGGUGUAGGGGCAGACGUGGCAUUUCUUCUGCCUGCAAGGAUACGUGCCAGGAGGGAGAUCGGUGGGAAGGGGCAAAAGGACAAGGGUGUCGUGUAGGGAGCGAUCCCUACAGAAAGUGGAAAGUGGUGGGGAGGGAAAGAAGUACUUGAAAGUGUGAUCCUAUUUUUUAUCCUUUUUUUCAAUCUUUAAGAUAAUGUCUUUUUUGAGACAUUGUAAGUGUUGUUACUUCAAUGUACUCAUGUUAUUUUUCCUGUAUAAUAUAACAAUAAAAAGAUUUGAAAAGAAAGAAAGUGUGAUCCUAUUGGAGAUGGCGGAAAUUACGGAGAACUAUGUACUGGAUGCGGAGGCUUGUGGGGUGGUAGGUGAGAACAAGAAGAACCCUAUCCCUGGUGUUUCUACGAGAGGAUGGGGUGAGGGCAGACGUGCGCGAAGCGGAA